CCGCCGGUAGGGGGAGACCCCGGUCGCUUUCAUCUUCAGCUUGUUGCGUUUUAAUCCACGACGAAGAAUGGCAUGAACAAGGAAGAGCCUUUUGUACGGGAAGCCAGCUGUCUUUUGUUUUGUUUUUUUUUUAAUUUGUCUUUGUUUGUUUUUCUGCCCCCCUCCCCUCGACCAAAUUACCGGAUUCUCUAACGCCAGGUCAGCCCAUUAGCUUCAUGUCAGACCUCUGUCCUCUGGUUUUGGUAUUCCGUUAAGUUCACCGGCUCGUGUUUGGGAGAAAAACUGACGUUAGCUUACCGAGCUAACAACAACAACACGGCACAGGCCCGAAGGCCCGCUCGUCUAUUGUCCACCCUUCCGCAUUGUUCUUGGGCUUGACCCGUCGUGUGCGGAUCAACAGCGCUGUUGAAGCUAUAUACCGUUAGCCGUGUCGCGCAUAGCCGGUCUGUUGGCGUGGGUCGGAUCGUUAGCGUUGGGCCGUCGGGGGGGCGGGCGGGCGGGGGGAGAGAGACGUGCGUGGCCAAUUCGCUGACCUUAACGCGCGGAGGGACACUGCAACAGUCGGUCGGCGGUGAUCAUGUACGCGCAGCCGGGUUCCGCUGCCCCUGGAAGUCGAAGGAGGCGAGGCGGCUCCUCUCUGCCCAAACAGCCGGAGAGGAGUCUGGCGUCCGCGCUGCCCGGGGCUCUCUCCAUCACCGCGCUGUGUACGGCUCUGGCGGAACCGGCCUGGCUCCGGGUUCACGGAGGCACGUGUCCAAGACAAGAAGUUGGCGUUGCGGAUGUGCUGGGGUACAUUGACCCCAAGCUUCUGGACGAUUAUUGCGUGAACCCACAGACCAUUUUGCUGCUGAGGGUGAUUGCUGCCUUCUGCUUCCUGGGUAUUCUGUGCAGUCUGACCGCCUUCCUCUUAGAUGUGUUUGGACCCAAGCACCCUGCUCUCAAAAUCACACGCAGAUAUGCAUUUGCCCACAUCCUUACAGUGCUCCAGUGUGCCACGGUGAUAGGAUUCUGCUACUGGGCCUCGGAGCUCAUCUUGUCACUUCAGCAGCAACACAAAAAAUACCACGGCUCUCUAAUAUACGUCACAUUUGCAAUCAGCUUCUACCUGGUGGCGGGGGCCGGCGGAGCCUCUAUUCUCGCCACAGCUGCAAAUUUGCUGCGCCACUACCCCACCGAGGAGGAGGAGCAGGCUUUGGAGCUGCUGUCCGAGAUGGAGGAAAGCAAUGAAACGUAUCCUGCUGAUUAUGACAUUGCCAACCAAUUCCAGCCGCCGCCUGCCUACACGCCCUGAUGUAGCCGAGCAGGCCUCGUUUCUGUCUGAUUAUACGUGCUUUUCUAUGGGCGCUGCUAUUGGCCGGAUCAACAGAGAAAUACACGUAAAAAAAAAAAAAAGUGUGAUUCAGUAGCUCUCAAGUGGAUAUCUUUGCAAAUUCUCUCUUUUCCAUAAUGAAGCCGAAGUGUACAACGAGCGCACAUAGUCCUCAAUUGCUGGUGCUUGGUGCAUGAAAACUUUCUUUGGUGGUGGCAGAAACUAAAGCGUUGAUACUUUCACCACUGAAGCUUUUAGUGGUUUGCAUGUAAAUGGCUCUUAGGAUUUGGUGCUUACAUGUAAAGGAAACUAAUAAACCACACGGUGUGCUGUUUUAUGAGUCAUCACCAGUGACUGAUUUGAUUGUUUAGAAGUCACAACUACUUCAGAUGCCAGUUUUUGAAGUUAGGCUGUCGGCAGUGCGCCGCAGCAGCUAUUCCCCCCCCCCCCCCCCGGUUGGACAUGGAAGGAACAUCAUCGAGCGUAGUUCGUUUGAACACAUUUUUGAUAUGCUUGCUACAUGUCUCUAGAUUGGUUCCAAAAUGUAAAAAAAAAAAAUCAUCGACAAAAUUGUUUUAGAUAUUUCCUUUUUAUAUCAAAUAUACCUUUAUUUAUUAAGUGAUUGUCCAUAGUGCUAUACGUCUUAUUUUUUUCUUCUUCCCCUCUCUCUGUGAAUCACUUUUAGGAUCAGCGUCGUGUUGAGAGAGCCAUGAAACCGGGGUCAAAUUCCAUGUAUGUGCAGACCUACGUGGCCCAUAAACUUGAUUCUGAUUCUGAUGUUUAUCGGCCGUGCGGGUUGACCCCGGUUUCAUAGCUCUCUGUGUACUUAACAUAGAAUAACAACACAGCAACGCAACAAUCUUCAAAUAUAUACACAAGGAUUGACUUAUACAGGUGAAAUAAGAGGCGACAAAGUGCAGCGGUGCAGAGAAUAUGUCAAGAGAUGCUGAGGUAGAUGUUAGCAGGUUGCUUACGUACAUGCCUGAGGUAGAUGGACAUGACAGAGUGUACCGGCAUGCGUAUAUAUGUACAGCGUGUACAAAAUGGUUGGCUUUAUUUGACUGUGUCAAGCAUUCAUUUGAAUGACAGCCUGUGGAAAGAAACUAGUUGUUUUGGGGUGCAGUGCUCUGUAGCGCCUACCAGAGGGGAGGAGUUGGAACAGGUUGUGACCGGGGUGUGAUGGGUCUGCAGUGAUGCUGCCCGCCCGUUUCCUGAGCCUGGAGGUGUAUAAGCCCUGAAUGCAGGGCAGGUUGGCACCAAUGAUUUUUCCUCUGCAGACCUAGCUGCCCGUUGUGGUCUGUCGCUGUCCUGUCUGGUGGCCGAUCCAAGCCAGACGGCGAUGGGUGUGCAGAGGGCAGACUGGAUUACUGCAGUGUAGAGCUGAAUCAGCAGCUUCUGAGGCAGGUUUGAUCUGUAUUUGAGGCUGGCGCAAGGAAAAUAAAAAGCUUUUUUUGCAGAUAAUGGAAGUUUGCUUGUGUGUGUGUGUGUGUGUUUGAGAAUGAUUAUGGCAUGCCCCCCUCCCCCCCCCCCCUUUGCUUCAGCCUACUAGAUUUGAUGCUCGCAGAGAAAAAGUGUGUUUUGUUGCUCAAUGAUAAGAGUCGGCAUUUGAUAGAAGUUGCACCACAGAAGUCGGUCUUGUCAUUUUCAUCAGUUUGCCGAACCUCCUUUGUAUUCUGUGAUUAUCUUGCGUUUCAGUUAAUGUGUGUUCUCUAUGCAUGAUUUCUUUUCCCUUCUUCAAAUGAGCCCUUUUGGGAGAAACCUGUGGGAGCUUCUGAGAGAAGGUGCCCCCCUCUCCCCCCCCCCUCCCCCCGAGGCUUAACAUUGUGCUGUGUUAAUGUUGUAAUUACUUGUAGGUGACACAUUGUUUCCGUUUACAACAUUUCUACGUUUUGUUCCCCACGUUUUUUUUUUUUUGUUUUUUUUUUGCUAUCCUUUCUUCACUCUGUCCAAAUGUAACGCGAAAUAUUGACUGUUUUUACAUAACACUGGUCAUAAUAAAAAGAAA